AUGGCGGAGCCCCUCCUCACCACGCUGUCCAUGGAGAACAACCACCAGCCCUUCACCCUGCUCGGCCUCGACGACGGCGACCGGGAAAUGAUGCUCCCGCAGCGGCGCCCCCCUGACAUCAACCUCCCCCUCUCCGGCGAGCCCUCCCCGCCGCCUCCACCGGCGUGGAACCUGGACCUCUGCGACAUCCUCGACUCCGGCGCCGGCGCCGGCGCCGUCGCCGGCCUCCAGAUCUACGAGACGGAGUCCUUCCUCAGCAUCCCCAGGGCGGCCAGCGCCGCCCGCAAGAUGUCCAAGCGGGUGGACAGCAUCUGGGGCGCCUGGUUCUUCUUCUCCUUCUACUUCAAGCCCGUCCUCUCGGAGAAGUCCAAGGCGAAGAUCACGCAGGACGCCGGCGGCGGCAUCUCCGGCUUCGACAAGUCGGACCUGCGCAACGACGUCCUGCUGGUGCAGCACGACAUGGAGAACAUGUACAUGUGGGUCUUCAAGGAUCGCCCUGAGAACGCCCUCGGGAAGAUGCAGCUGCGGAGCUACAUGAACGGCCAUUCCCGCCCCGGGGAGCCCCCCUUUCCCUUCAGCGCGGACAAGGGCUUCGUGAGGUCCCACCGGAUGCAGCGGAAGCACUACAGAGGGCUCUCCAAUCCGCAGUGCCUCCAUGGGAUCGAGAUCGUGAGGCAGCCCCUCCUCACGGCUGUCUCAGAGGCCGACCGGAAGAAGUGGGCGGCGCUCACGGGGAGGGAGCUCAACUUCUCCGUCCCCCCCGAGGCCAGCGACUUCAGCUCCUGGAGGAACCUCUCCGCGCAGGAGUUCGAGCUCGUGAGGCCCCUCCCUCCUCCUCCUCCUUCAUUGGUGAAGAGCUCCUGCAGUCCCUGCCCUAAGAGGCUCCUCGACGGUUCCGACCUGUAUCUUUCCACCCACCGUUCUCCCUUAUGCAGCAAGCGCAGGAAGGAAUUCCUCCACCAUGGCCUGGACGAAGACGGCAUUCUUCCCAUGAAUCCCUGCGAAGAUCGCUUCCAAGUGGUUCCGUCCUGGGUGAAUGAAUUCAGCGGCGUGAUGAGGCAUUCCUAUGGGCCUGUCACCGCCGCGAAGACCAUCUACGAGGACGAAGAGGGCUACCUGAUCCUCGUAAGCCUGCCAUUUUCAGACCUGCGGAGGGUCAAGGUCUCCUGGAAGAACGCCCCCACCCAUGGAAUCGUGAAGAUACUCUGCGCCAGCACUGCUCGGACGCCGUACAUCAAGAGACACGAUCGAACAUUCAAGCUCUCGGAUCCCUCCCCCGAGCACUGCCCGCCUGGGGAAUUCAUCAGGGAGAUUCCUCUGGCGACCCGAAUCCCCGAAGAUGCCAAGCUAGAAGCUUACUACGACGAGACUGGUACAAUGCUGGAGAUCAUGGUUCCGAAACACAGAGCUGGACCCGAAGAACACGAGGUCCGUGUGUGCCUUCGUCCUCAUCGUCUUGGAGCUAAUGAGUAG